CUUCAUUGUCGUUAUCUAUCAUUGCAACUCCGCGGUUAAACAUUACUCGCUUUUGAUUGGCAGAGGGUCCGUUCUUCUGAGAUGCUUCUUCUGUGAUAAUGUUUGCUUCUGCGGCCUUGGCUAUAUCGGGACAGACUUCCGGCAUAGGUCGAGCGAGCGAUUCCGUAGUAACCUGGUAUCGAUUCGCGCAGCACUGUUGCAGCCAUGUCAGGAUCCCUCGCUGAGGUGGUCUUCCGUCCGAGCCUACUAGCCCUAAGCUCCUGUUCACACUCCCAAACUUCCAUUUCCACUCUCCAUCUCUUCGAUCCUUGAACUUGCUAACCCAGCCGCGGUUUUGCAGGUCCUGGAGGUGAUCACAACCAGACACCCCAUGUCCCUUCUCUCCGCAGCCCCAGCAUUCCAAGGUAGACUUUUGUUCCCAAGAACCCUCGUCUCUUUUUGGCUGGUCCAUAGCGCGGGCUUGAUACGUGGCCAUAGGUGGGUUGCCCGACCUAGGCCUUGCGGCGGUAACAGCCACAAUGAAUCGUGCCAUGUCAGUCGAGUGCUUGAAACAUUCACGCUGAAUUCGUUCCUGGCUCGCAACCAUCACCGCGUCCGCCAUACUCAAGGUCAUCCCUUUAAACUUCGAUAUUAGGUCGUCAACUGGAUCCGUUUCGUUAGUGGAUCCGGUGGCGGUUUCAUGUCGUUCUCGUGCUGCAGUAGGCUGAGUUGCUUUUGCCAAUGGCUUCGCCUCCUGCUCAGCCAUGUACUGAGCCUUGCGCCGGAGAGAAGAACUGGUUUCAUCUUCCAAAUAGCGGAGCUCCUUCUCCGCUCGUACUCGUCUCUUAAGAAAGGCGUAUAUCUUGUUCAGAUCGUAUGGCGAUGUGCCGUCGUCAGUGGUUCGUUCCGACUCAGGCAUAUCGAACAUCACCUGGUGUCGGUGCUCUGGCUUGAGGCCCUUCAUGAACCAUCGCCCUCGGGAGUUCAUGGUGAUUUGCCCUUUAUCGAUGCAUGCAUUUGAAUAAAUGCAAAACCGGGUGUAGUAAAGUUCAAAUGACAACUUGCCAUGAGAGCUUUCCUCCACAAACGCACGCAGAAACGCCUCAGUCCCCAUUUGCUGCUCUGGGUCCAGGUCCUCCCAGUGCUCCUUCAUUACCUUCUGCAGGUCCUUCCAUGACCCACUCUUAAACGCGGGGAGUUGCUUAAUCAGCAGCUCCGGCUCUCGGUCACACCACUCAGGAAGCGUACGCAGCUUCGCCAAGUCAGUAUACCCAGCAUUGUUGCAGAUCCGAUUAUAAUCAUCCAGAAAUGCAGUCACA